AUGCCUCGGAAAUUGCUUAAGUUUCUGAUCCUCUUCGACAACACGUCGCUGCUGUACUUCCCGGGACAAUUCCUUUCCGGCAGGGUACUACUUGAGCUGCAAGAUGACACACCGGUGCUCGGACUCCAUUUUCACGUUGUCGGCGAAUGUGUCGUACGCGUGCGUUCCACACGGCACGAGCGGUCGUACGACAAGGAGAACUACAUCGACUUUCGCAUGCGUCUGCUGGGCGAUUCGGACAACCAAGGUCCGACGGUACUGUCGCCCGGUAUCCACAGCUUCCCGUUUAAGCUAGGUCUCCCGGUUGACCUUCCGUCCACCUUCCUGGGUCGGUACGGUUGGGUGCAGUACUUCUGCAAGGCCGGGCUGCGCGAACCUUCUGGGCUGAUACACAAAAACCACCAGGUGUUCAUCGUAAUGAAUCCGAUCGAUCUGAACCUCGAGCAACAGUACCUAGCGGAUCCAUUUAAAUGCAAUAUAGAGCAUAAUCUUGGCAUGGCAUGCGUUGGUGGAGGCAUUGUGAAAUGUAAAAUCAUUCUCGAUCGAGGCGGAUACGUGCCGGGCGAGUCGAUCAUGAUAACAGCGACAGUGACGAAUGCGAGCAGCGUUACGAUAAAAUCUACAAAAGCCGCCCUGACGGAAACGAUACAGUACUUCGCUCGUGACAAAAUCGUUCAAACGGAAAAGCGAGAGCUUGCGGUGAUCGCUCGCGGCAAAAUACGAGCGGGCCAUAGGGAUGAAUGGCAAAACGAGUCCUUGUACGUGCCACCGCUUCCACCAACGAAUUUGCGUGGGUGCCACUUGAUACGGAUUCAGUACGACGUUUGUUUCCUAAUCGAACCGAAAUCGUUGGAAAAGCAAAUCAAGCUCCAGCUCCCGAUCACAUUGGGCACGUACCCGUUCAAGACGGCCGAUGGGGACGACACGAACGAAUGGGCCGAAACCAUCUACAAACCGGAAACCCACUAUCCAUCCACGCUACCCAUCUUUCGACCUUGGCUGCACGAAAAAAAUGAUCAAAAAUGAUCCGCUCUACCUCAAAGGGCGAGCAGAUUGCAUCACUAGACAGACGAAGAGAGAGAAAUGGCCGAACGAUGGUGCCAUAAUUUGAAUUUUUAGCAAAUUUAGUGGAGCGGAGUAACAUGCAUGAACAAGUCCGUCUUUCAUUCACUUUCCCACGGAAAAAGGAAUGAAAAAUGCGAC